AUGUAUCUGCUGGAACAACGCCAACUCCUGAACCCCAACCAGGCCGGUUUCCGGAAACACAGGUCGACGGAGGACCAGAUUCUGAGGCUGGUACAGGCGACGGCGGAUGGCCUUGAAGAAAGGAAGCGGACCCUGCUGGUGACGGUGGACUUUUCCACAGCCUAUGACAAGGCAUGGCGCACGGGCCUCCUCUGGAAGAUGUCCCGCCUCGGGCUCCCCCGUUGCUACGUAGCAUGGUUCCGGGCUUUCCUCCGGGACCGUCAAGCAUGCGUGAGAAUAAACAACACAAGGAGCAAGUUCCGGGUCCUCCGCGACGGCACCCCCCAGGGCGCGGUGACAUCCCCGGCGCUAUUCAACCUAUUCAUCAACGACAUCACCGACGACUUCCCACCGGGCGUGUCGGCGUCGCUGUACGCCGACGACCUAGCCAUCUGGUGCAGCGACCGUGACGUCUCUGCCGCCGAGACCAAGGUGCAGCGUGCCCUGGACAGCCUGGAGGAGUGGGCCCGACGCUGGAAAAUGGUGGUCAGCCUGGAGAAGACUACCUCCACUAUCUUCACGCUCGACCCAGCUGAGGCACGGCGAGAAGCGGCGCUCCAUUUCCAGGGCCAACCAGUGAAGUUCUCCCCCACCACGACGUUCCUGGGCAUCACCCUCGAUAGGAGCCUCACCUUCACGGGACAUGUGAAGACGAUCAAGGCCAAGAUGCUCCAAAGGAACAACGUCCUUCGGGCCAUCAGCGGCACGACGUGGGGCUGCUCACCGUCUGAUCUGCGCAGCACAUACCUCGCCUUCUCUCGCGCCUGCGCCGACUACGCCGCCGGUGCUUGGAUGCCCGGCCUCAGCGAGUCUGGCCUGAGGGAGCUGGAAACGGUGCAAAGACAGGCGUGCAGGACAAUCACCGGCUGUGUCAGAUCCACACCAGUGGACGCCCCGGCCAGAGAGGCGGAUCUCCUGCCUUUCUCGGCGCGGCGGAGGCAGUUGGCGGCAGUGGCGAUGGAGCGCCACUCCCGGGACCUACCAGGCGACCCUGUGCAGCGGAUCCUCCUCCCUGAGAACCGCCCCCGGCAACGUCUGCGCUAUGACAGAGGAUGGGCACGGACGGGCCAAGAGAUAUCCAAAGACGCCGGCCUAGACGACUUCCCACGCGAACCGUUCCUGGUGGUUGCCAGCACCCCUCCCUGGGAGUCACCGCCACCUCCAACGGUCUUCUUCCACACUGGACUUGUGAGGCCGCUACCGCAAAACGCCCCCGCCGAACAGCGACGGACUGCCGCCGAGGAGACGCUAGCCGGACUGCCGAACCCGGACGUCCAGGCUUUCACGGACGGCUCGGCCACAGCCGGCACAGAACGAGGCGGAGCAGGGGCAGUCGUCUAUAGGAGCGGCAGGGAAGUGAAGAGGAUCCGAGCGCCAGCGGGGCGCUUCACGUCGAGCUACACAGCGGAGCUUAUCGCUCUACGAGAGACACUCAAAUACAUCGAGUCCAUCCUCACCGAUCAAGACCCUGCACUCAAUAUCCAGCUGUGCACCGACUCCCUAUCAUCCCUUAUGCGUCUGAGGGAAGGCCCGGCCAACCAGACUGAACGGGUCGCUGACCAAGUCUGGCUAUCCCUCCGGCGACUAGGACGACGCCACCGCGUGGACCUUCAGUGGGUUCCCGGUCACGCGGGAGUCGCCGGCAACGAGAUCGCCGAUGCCGUGGCCAGGGAGGCCGCUGAGCUGCUGCAGGACGGGACACCCAUCACCUUCGCGGCGGCCAAGAGCCUGCUGAAGCGCCACGUAAGCAGAGAGUGGGUGGAGAGCACGCGCCACUCCCGACCGGCGCCCGCGACCCGCCCGCACCUAAGCCACGACUACCACGAUGUCGUCGGCCCGGGCAGGGUCAGGCUGGCAGACAGGCUCGGCCUGUCUAGGAGAGAGGGCACCGCUCUGGCGCGCCUCCGGACCGGCCACUCUCCUGCCCUGCAAGCUUACCGUCACUUCAUCGGGGCGGAGGAGGACGAUGGGUGCCCGACCUGCGACGGCGGAGUCAGGGAGGACGCGGAACACUUACUGACGUCGUGCCCCGCGACGGCCCGCGUCCGUCACGACGUUUUCGGGAGAGAGGACCCGACGCUGCGGGAGGUCUUCGCUGACCCAUGCCGGGUCAUCGAGUUCCUGCGGCGCCUGGGCCGACUAUAG